AGUCCCAGAAGAAGCAACCGCCAUGCUUCUCCUUCCUUUCUCCAUGCUGAUCCUGCUCACACAGCCCCUGAGGUCACUGGGAGCAGAAAUGAAGACCUAUUCCCAGAGAACAGUGGCCAGCACUUGCGCCCUGGUCAUGUGUAGCCCUGUGGAGAAUGGCCUGCCCGGUCGUGAUGGACGGGAUGGAAGAGAUGGCCCCCGAGGCGAGAAGGGGGAUCCAGGUUUGCCAGGAGCUGUAGGGAGAGCCGGGAUGCCUGGACCAGCUGGCCCCGUUGGGCCCAAAGGGGACAAUGGCUCUGAGGGAGAGCCUGGACCAAAGGGAGACUCUGGACCAUCUGGACCUCCGGGACCUCGAGGCGUGCCUGGUUCAGCUGGCAGAGAGGGUCCAUCAGGGAAGCAGGGGAACAUAGGUCCUGAAGGCCCACCUGGCCCUAAAGGAGAGGCCGGGCCCAAAGGAGAAGCGGGUGUGGCCGGCAAGCCAGGCUCUGCGGGGACACAAGGUCCCACAGGUGUUAAAGGAGAGAGAGGUGCCCCGGGUGAGCGUGGAGCCCCUGGGAAUGCCGGGGCAGCAGGACCUGCUGGAGCCAUGGGUCCACCGGGACCUCCAGGUGCCAAAGGGCCCCCAGGACUGAAGGGGGACAGAGGUGCUCCUGGGGAAAAAGGAACGAAGGGAGAGAGUGGGCUUCCAGACAUCACUGCUCUGAGGCGGCAGGUGGAGGCCUUACAUGCACAGGUACAACACCUCCAGAAUGCCUUCUCUCAGUAUAGGAAAGUGGAGCUCUUCCCCAACGGCCGAGCUGUUGGGGAGAAGAUCUUCAAGACAGGGGAUUUUGAAAAGAGUUUUGAGGAUGCGCAGCAGGUGUGUAUGCAGGCAGGGGGACGGAUGGCCUCCCCGCGCUCUGCAGCUGAGAACGAGGCCCUGCAGCAGCUGGCCACCAUUCAGAACAAGUCUGCUUUCCUGAGCAUGACUGACAUCAAGACAGAGGGCCAGUUCAUCUACCCCACCGGGGAGCCCCUGGUCUAUUCCAACUGGGCCCCAGGGGAACCCAACAACAGCGGCGGCUCAGAGAACUGUGUGGAGAUCCUUACCAACGGCAAGUGGAACGACAAGGCCUGCGGGGAGCCGCUCCUGGUGGUCUGCGAGUUCUGA